AGCCCUGGAGAGCACCCACUGUACAGAUAAGGAAACCGAGGCUCACGGGGGACCCCUUGAGUCAGGGCGGAGGCUGGGCUCAGACCUAGUGGGGCGGACGCUGGCGGCCCCACUUUGCACCCUCUGGGGUGGGGGCCGGGUUGGUGUCACAAACAGGAAAAGGUCCCGGAAAUUAAGCCUCAUGGUGUGGUGAGGGGAGGUGGGGCAGGCCUGGGGGCUGACAUUUGUGUGCGGUGUCUGUGGAGGGGUCCACACCCGUGGGCCUGCGAGCCUGCGUCAGGCCCCGGGCUGGCCUGGUCCCUGAAAAGGUGACACCGUUGGUCACCUGGACGGCGCUCAGAGCACUUAGCAAAUGUGCUGGGGCCACCUCAGGGCUGCCCCCGUGCGCCUGGCCGGCCAGGAGCCGACCUCUGAGCUCCCGCAGGGCAGGGAAGGCUCCCGGGCGGGGAGGGGCCUGGGUGGGAGCAGGUCGGGCCCAGAAAAUCAGUGGAAUGCCAGCAGGCGGCUCAGUGUCGUGGGUCUCCCCGCUUCACAGAGGAGGGGACACUGAGGCUUGGCACAGUUUACCCCCCCCCCCCCCGCAGCCUGGGACUCCGGCGAGCCGGUCAGAGGUCAGCGUCGCCCCUGCGGGAGUCUGGGUGUGCCCGAGCCGUCCCCGCCCGCCGCCCCCGGCCCGAUGGGUCGGUGACCCGGCGCCAUGUGGCCCAACGGCAGCGCCCUGGGGCCCUGUUUCCGGCCCACCAACAUCACCCCGGAGGAGCGGCGGCUCAUCGCCUCCCCCUGGUUCUCCGCCUCCUUCUGCCUCGUGGGCCUGGCGUCCAACCUGCUGGCCCUGAGUGUGCUGGCCGGUGCGCGGCAGGGCGGCUCGCACGCCCGCUCCUCCUUCCUCACCUUCCUCUGCGGCCUGGUCCUCACCGACUUCGCGGGGCUGCUGGUCACCGGCGCCAUCGUGGUGGCCCAGCACGCCGUCCUCUUCGACUGGCGCGCCGUGGACCCCGGCUGCCGCCUCUGCCAGUUCAUGGGCGUCGUCAUGGUCUUCUUCGGCCUCUGCCCGCUGUGGCUGGGGGCCGCCAUGGCCUCGGAGCGCUACCUGGGCAUCACCCGGCCCUUCUCGCGGCCCGCGGCCGCCUCCGGGCGCCGCGCCUGGGCCACGGUGGGGCUGGUGUGGGCCUCGGCGCUGGCGCUGGGCCUGCUGCCCCUGCUGGGCGUGGGCCGCUACACGCUGCAGUAUCCCGGCUCCUGGUGCUUCCUGACGCUCGGCGCCCAGCCCGGGGACGUGGCCUUCGGCCUGCUGUUCUCGCUCCUGGGCGGCCUCUCGGUGGGGCUGUCCUUCCUGCUCAACACGAUCAGCGUGGCCGCUCUGUGCCACGUCUACCACGGCCAGGAGGCCGCCCAGCAGCGCCCACGGGACUGUGAGGUCGAGAUGAUGGCUCAGCUCACGGGCAUCAUGGCGGUGGCCACUAUCUGCUGGAUGCCGCUGCUGGUGUUCAUCGCCCAGACGGUGCUGCGCAGCCCGCCCGCCAUGAGCCCGACCGGACAGCUGUCCCGAGCCACGGAGCAACGGCUGCUCAUUUACCUGCGCGUGGCCACCUGGAACCAGAUCCUGGACCCCUGGGUGUACAUCCUGUUCCGCCGGGCCGUGAUCCGGCGUCUCCACCCCCGCCUCGGCGCCCGGCCCAGGUCGCUGUCCCUGCAGCCCCAGCUCACCCAGAGGCCCACGGUGCAGUAGGACCCGAGGGGGACAGCCGGACGGGGCGCUCCCGAGGGUCACGGCCAGUCUCUUCUGAAGCCCCAGGAGCCAGGAGCGUCGGAAGGACCGAGACCUUGAAGGGCAGGCCUGCGGGCUCUCCUCCAUCCGCCCUGGGGACUCCCUAACUCCUCCCUGAUCCCCCUUUCCCCUCCCGUCCCUUCUCCCCGCCCCCCCAGGAAGGGUGGGCAGGCCUGUGGGGCGGGUGUCUGAGGAGAUCAGACUUGCAAGCUUCCCCUUCCAGAAAUCCUCCAGAAGUGGGGGCCCUUGGACCCGACACGACCUGCUUACUGGGGGGUACCGUUGAUUCAGCUUGAUGCCCCCACCCAAGAAGGCCCUGUUUGGAAAAUAUUGAGCACGAAUAGGCAGGACACCCCCUCCCUGGCCAAAAUACAUCUUAGCCCCGCCGGCCGUCUUUGUUUCCCUCUGGGUCCAGACGGCAUCGAUCUUCACCGACAUGCGGGCGGCCGCCUGAGCAGAGCUGGGGUGCAGGGGAAGGGGGUGGGGGGGAGGGGGCUGGGUUCUGACUCCUCACCUCCUUUCUGGAGUCUUGACUAAGCACUCUGUAGGCCCGGUCUCCUGUCAUUCUCCCUACAGUCCCCGGGGUUCUGGCAUUAAACCCAUUCGCAGGUGAGGGAAAGAGAGGAGACGGACAGAGACAGGCAGGACUGGGACGUGAGCAAUUGCUACCCAACCCCCCCCCCCCCAGUCCCAAGCAGGGCUCACUCCCUCACUCGGGUAGCUGCUCCCACACCACUUCAGACCCCAGGGCCUUGAACAGAAGACACUUGGCCCACAGCAGGUGCUCAAUAAACAUCCAUGGGAGGGACAGAGGACUGAGCCUU